CAUUUUAGUCAAGAACUCGCUCGAGAUAGUUUUGACAGUGUGGUGGUUAGAGAGUGAUCAGAAGCGUGUAGUUUGAAAUAAACAAAAGUUAUAACAUUUGUGAAAAUGGCUAGUGAAGCACAAAGAUUGAUCGGCAUCUCCCUAACGAAGAUUGCACAAAGCCGAUCUCAUCGCGGUGGUGUCAGUUUACACAAAAACCUCCUGGUGGCCACCGUGCUCCAGAAAGCGCGGUACAUCUUCAUGGAGGAGGCCUACAAUAUGGUGCACUGCCAACCCCCGACUCCAAUCCAAAUCCGCCCGGUGCCCGAGGAAGAUUUGGUCGGGUUGACGGUCGAGGAAGCCGGCCUCGAAGCCACAGGUUUGCCCGACGAUCUCCAGGAGAGCUCCGGCAGCGACAACCUCCAGGAGUUCCUCCAGCCCAGCUGCGUAAAGUGUGCGAACAACCAGGACAAAGAAAACCAUCCCCCGUCUUACCACUCCAACUCCGAGUUAACCUACUUGGACCUGGACAAGAGUAACAAUGUACUUAGGGAGCGUUGCAACUCGCCAUCCCUGAAGAGGAGACGCGCCGUGGCUGAGUGGGAAACCGAGGAGGCUGUCCAGUCCAUCCUGCCCAAGAGGAGCAAGCAAGACGAGGAGACCGACGACUCCGUUUUUCUGGAUGACGCCGCCUUGCUGUCCGACGCCGUCAGCAAAGAGGUGGCCGAGGCCGAAAGGAGCCAGCAACAAGAAGUCAACAAUGGUGGUUCAGCAAUGGAAAUCGAUCGCAUCACAUCACUGGUAUCAAUAUUUAGCUUCAGUAUGGGUGAAGGCAAACUCAACAGAUCCAUGUCGACACCGGAUCUGUGUUCAGCACAAGCCAAGGACACGCCGGACAGUAUACAACAGCGGCCCUUUCUUGCCAUGACCGUGUAAUCCACCGUAGGCAAUGUCUAGGCAAAAGGAAACCCGUGGGCAGUGGACCUGUCCAUGGUGUCAUUGUGGCGUCUCAAGAUCUCCCCUUUAUCAGGCAUCGAACAAUACCAAUUUUCUUUGCAAAUUGCCCAGAUUUGCAAAGAGAGUUCCUGCGGUAUUGAUAAUACCAGACCAUGUGAUAGUGAGAUGUUAACUAUGCGGAAACAGGGCUCUUCAAUCAGAUACGAAACGACGCAUCUCCCGCCAGAACACAACCCCAUUCGUGUGUACAGAUGUGCGUGUGUUUUGGUAUCUCGCAGCGUCCCCUACAGUCCGAUUGUAUUUUUGUAUAAAUAUCCGUAUGGGUGAGACAAUUGUGGCCUCCGUAACGCUCCAGACCAGUUCUCGUGCUCGCAUUCAGAUACAUUCCAUUUAGUUUUCGCACAGGUAGCCGUGACGCGCGACCCCGAUCCUCCGUCUCUCUCUCCUACGCGUCGCUCCAUUGUUUCGCGGCGUCACUUCAGUUGUUUUAUUUUUUUUUUAUUAUUAUUAUUCAUUUUGGCGAUUUGUUUUCGCGAGUUACGCGGUCUGGAUCGUUCCGAGGCGCGAUUUGUUGUACAUAGCACAAAUUGUUGUUUAUUUUGUCCCGUUUUAGGGACUUGUAAUUUUAUUCUUGUACAUAUGACUUCAUAAUUAUAUUAUAUAUAUUUCAAAUAAAAUUUUUAAUAUCUAAA